UGAAAACUGCGUUAUUCAAAAUCUCUGAUUACAAAGCCUAAAUCCUCUCUCUCUCUCUCCAAAUGUUCUUGUCGUCUUCUCACUCUCAAAUCCACUUUUUUAAAACACAAUCAUCCAUCCAGUCAACCAAAUCUAGAUCAAAGUUUGAAACUUUUUUAAAAUUUCAAUUAAUUAGUUUUUUUUCAAUUAAUUAGUUUCUUUUAAAAAAAACUUAUUUGUUCUUUUUCAUCUCUUUCCUGUUGCAUCUGUAAUAGCAAAUCUUCAGUUUCUCCUCCAAAGUAACACCCUUUUACUCUGUUUUGUCAAAACAAAACAGAGUAAAUUUCAAAACUUUCCUGGAAAGUUCGUUUCUUUUCCUUUCCAAUUUGCGUUUCUAGCUAAGGGUAUUCAAAGAUGGGCGGGGUGACGUCAUCUAUGGCGGCGAAGUUUGCGUUUUUCCCGCCGAAUCCGCCGUCUUACGGUGUCGAGGUGGCGGCAGAGACAGGGAAGCUGAGGCUAACGGGUGUGGAGAACGUGAAGGAGAACGUUGAAGUGUUGAAGCUGAAGACUAAGAGAGGGAAUCAGGUGGUUGCGGCGUAUAUUAAGAACCCUACAGCCUCACUCACUCUUCUCUAUUCCCACGGCAACGCUGCUGAUCUCGGUCAGAUGUUCGAGCUCUUCUCCGAGCUCAGCCUCCAUCUUCGCGUCAACUUAAUUGGGUAUGAUUAUUCAGGUUAUGGGAGGUCUUCAGGGAAGCCUAGUGAGCAGAACACGUACUACGAUAUAGAAGCAGUGUACAGAUGCUUGGAGGAGCAAUAUAAUGUUAAGGAACAAGAUGUUAUCUUAUAUGGACAAUCCGUAGGAAGCGGACCGACUCUAGAGUUAGCUUCUCGGUUACCAAACCUCAGAGCCGUUGUUCUUCACAGUGCAAUUGCUUCUGGUCUUAGAGUCAUGUACCCUGUUAAGCGAACUUACUGGUUUGAUAUUUACAAGAAUGUGGAUAAGAUAUCUACUGUCAAAUGUCCUGUUCUGGUGAUUCAUGGAACAUCAGACGACGUGGUGAAGUGGUCUCACGGGAAGCAACUAUUCGAUCUUUGCAAAGAAAAGUAUGAACCGCUUUGGAUCAAAGGAGGGAACCACUGCGAUUUAGAGCUAUACCCUCAGUACAUAAAGCAUCUCAAGAAGUUUGUAUCAGCGGUUGAGAAGUCACCUCAUCAAGGCCAAGCAUGUGUGCCACUACAAACAGAGAAGGCUAGGAGCAGUACUGAUGUUAGAGAGCCUGCAAGGCCAAGCACAGACCAAAGAGAGAAGUCAAGAACAAGUAUGGAUCGAAGAGAGAUGCCGAAGCUGAGUACAGAGAGUAAAGAUAAAGCGAGAGCGAGCGUUGAUAAGAGAGAAAGAACGAGGAAAAGUGUUGAUGGUAAUGCCACAGAACAGCAGAUACAAACAGAGAAAGCGAGGAAUAGCAUUGACAGGUUUGGGGGGUUGAUAAGAUCAGUAAGUUUGUGCAACAUAGAUUGUUUCAAACCUACAGCAACAGCUAAGUGAAUGAAUUGGUAGAAACAUGAACAUGAACUCACAGACGCAUACAUGUAUCCAAAACAUUGUUUGGUCUUGGUUUGUUCUCCUCUCUUUGGAAUGUAACAAGUCACACGUCAAUGCUUGAUCACUGUAACUCUUCCCAUCUACUGGAUUCAAACAGCUUGAUUUGGUUGUUGAUAUAACCAAAUAGGUAUCUGUAUUACAUUUGUUUUUUAUACACA